AUGCCUCAGAAUCCGAUUGUUCUUUGUCACGGAUUUUCGGGUUUUGACAGUUUGAUUGCAUUACCAACAGUACAGCUAUUCCACUGGGCACAGAAAAGUCCAACUACGACUCAGCAUAUUGCUCAGGAGGCAACCACCAAAAUAGAGGUAUUUGAAUAUUGGCACGGAAUUCGAAGAGAGCUGUUAUCCAGAGGUUGCAGAGUAUUGGCAGCAAAAGUGCCACCAUUUGCUACCAUUGAGACCAGGUCUGAAAUUCUGAACAAGUUCAUUCAACAAAAAGUUGAAGCCCGGUUUCCUAAUGCAUCCGAACCAGUCAAAGUCAAUCUGAUAGCCCAUUCAAUGGGAGGUUUGGAUUGCCGUUACUUGAUAUCUGCAUUUGAGCAGAGAAACUUUCAGGUGGUCUCUCUAACUACAGUCUCGACACCUCACAGGGGAUCGUACGCAGCAAAUCGGAUAAUUGAGUUGUUUCCCUUCAAAGUGAUCGAUACAGUGUUUCCAUCCAUCAGAGAACUGACUUUAGAGAAUUGUGCAAGACUGAACAAAGAAAUACAAGAUGAUCCUAACGUGAAAUACUUUAGCUAUGGUGCGUCUUUCAAACCAAACAUAUUCAAUGUGUUCUACCCUACGUGGAAAAUGGUCUACCCCAAGGAGGGUCCUAACGAUGGUCUUGUAAGUUUAGAAAGUGCACAAUGGGGUGAUUAUUUGGGACAUAUGGAAAAUGUCGAUCAUUUGGAUUUGAUUAAUUGGAUGAAUCUAUCUAAAAGAGUUAAAAAUCUGGCAGGAAUUGGCACAUUCAAUCCAAUUGCAUUGUAUCUUGAUAUAGCAGAUAACCUGGCCAAACAGGGACUAUGA